AUGUUUCUUGCGCUGGACUGUGGAAAGAGCCUACUACGUGAGCUGCUUGUAUUCAUUGCUGUGUGGGAUAAGGACGAGCAAAGCCUUAUUUUCCAAGUCACAACGCAGAUUGUCGAGGCUAUUCACCACAGCGCCCUGGUGCCCUAUGCGUGGAAUUCUCUAAGAAUCCCCAAGGACAUCAUCUCCCCGGCGCAAACAGUUCUCUUGCGUCUUGUCAACCAUAUGCUUCGGGCCCGUGCCGCCAGUUCUACCACACAGGAUUCCAAGGACCAGACCAGAGAUCUCAAAUUAGUGCACUUCUUCUUUAGCUUUUUCCGGAGCCGCAUCGUCCCCGAGUGCGCGGCUCUCAUGCAUUUACAAGCUCAGAUUCGCGAGGAGAAUCGUGAUCCCGCCGAGUUUCCGGUCGAUAGCUGGGAUAUGGAACGAGCCAAGGAUGGGCUGUCCCAGUACCUGGAAUUUCUCACGACUGUGGCCGAAAUGGUGGACAUGAGGCCUCAUCUUAUCGAGUGGCAGGCUAUCUAUGAUCUCAUCACGAUCCUCAGCAGCCUAGAGGCCGCCGUGCCGAAGAAACCACUUGUCGAAGUGCCUAAACGCGCCCCAGCAGCAGAGAGCACAUCUAACGCCAGUAACAAUGCCAGCAACGACCCGAUGGUGGAACGGCCAUACGCAACUGGAGACGAAGGCGUAUCUCCAUCACCCCCACCGCCCCCUCUGCAAGAGCCGGCUCACAAGUUCCCAUGGUCUGGCAUAAAGGGCCAGAUAUUCACCAUCAUUGCGACGCUGUUGCAGCCACCACCUGGGCAAAGUACUCCGGGUAAUGCCCAAGUGCAGAUGCAAAUGAUGAAGUACAACGGCAUUGUGCCGCUGCUCAACUGCUGCGCAUAUGACGACCACAAUCCAUUUGCCAAGGAGCGAGUUACUAUCUGCUUGAAAUGGCUAUUGGAUGGUUGUGAAGCUGCCAACAACUUCUUCCGCGAGCUAGUCAACUUGGCACCGCAGCCGAAUCUGCGGCCACCGCCCGGAGGCACCACGGUGUCGACGAUUAAGCUGGAUGGAGUGCAGGGAGAGGUCAAGGUGCAAGUGCGGUCGAACACGGCGCCGCCAUUGGCAGACCGCGGCGCCAGCAGCACUGAUGAGCUGCUUGAGAAGGCAGCCGAACUUAACCUGGGGCUGAAUCAGAGCAAGAGCGGUAGUCGAAGCAACAUUGAGGAAGACUUUAUGGCAUAG